AUGCCUCCGCAGGCGUCGCUCGUGACCAAGCUCAAGGUGCAGCUCAAGCUGGCCAUCGCGCGGCUGCGCAUGGUCCAGCAGCGCGACGAGCAGCUCGGCAAGACGCACCGGCGCGCCAUGGCGCAGCUCCUCGAGGCCGGCAAGAUCGACUCGGCCACGAUACGCGUCGAGAGCAUCAUCCGCGCCGACAUCACGAGCGAGCUUCACGAGAUGCUCGAGUUGUACUGCGAGCUGCUGCUGGCGCGCGCGGGCUUGCUCGAGGGCCCCGUGUGCGACCCGGGACUCGAGGAGGCCGUCAAGAGCAUCGUAUACGCCGCGCCCAAGACGGAGAUCAAGGAGCUGGCCACCGUGCGCCUGCUGCUGGCCGAAAAGUACGGCAAGGAGUUUGUCCUCGAGGCCAUGGACAAUACGGAUGGAAAGGUGAACCCCAAGGUGGUCAAGAAGCUAAGCGUCGAGCCCCCGCGGCAGGAGCUCGUCCAGGGGUACCUCGAGGAGAUUGCCAAGGCGUACGGCGUGGACUGGCCGAAGCGGGAGGCGGCAACGCCCCCGCCGCCGGACCUGAUGGAAGUGGACGAGGACGGCGCCGAGGACGACGACGACAACCCCUCGGGCGGACAGGCGCAAAAGGCGCUCGAGGCGCCGCUGGUGGCGGACCAGGCGCAGACGCCGGCGCAGCGCAAAGCGUCGCGCGGCGAGGAGGAGCUGAGCCGGGCGACGAACCCGCCGCGGGGCCAGCUCGGCGGGCCACGGAGCCCCGUGACGGUGACGCCCCCGCGCAUGACGACGGACAACGUGCACCCCAAGGUGACGCUGGGGUCUGUGGAGCUCAAGCCCAACAAGAAGAUGGAGAACGCGGCGACGGCGUCGUCGCGGAGGACAGCGGGCAAGGAGCCGGAGGGGUCGGUGCCGGACAUAAGCGAUCUGGAGAGGCGGUUCGCGGCGCUCAAGAAGAGGUGA